ACAGAUUGUUAUUGUUGUAAUAUUCGAUUUGUGUUUGUUGACCUACAAAAAACUGAAAAAUAUUUUAAAAGUAUAUCAUUAGACUAAAAUUGAAUAGCUUCCUGAUAUUAAAGAUAGUUUUUUUCACACACGACAAAAGAAAAACAGUAUUUUAUAAAUCAUAAGUAUGACCGAGGUCGGCGCAAUAUUUCAGCGAAUAGAGAAAUUUAUCAAAACUGACAGUAAGAAUGAAUUCAUGACAACAAUUUUCAACCAUAUCACAUCUAUAGACAAAAAUGGUAAUGGACACAAUGAUUCCUAUGAACUUUUAAGCACAUUCCUGAAGAACAUUAUUCAGGAAAUUGACGCUCUAGCCACAGAAAUACAGAAAAAUGAUGGUGUCCUUAUAAGUGUAAAACACCAGAAAGUACUACGUACAUGUUUCCAAAUAAUUUCAUCAUUUGGCAUUGCAUCGUGUUUGAUACCUGGCUUAGGCAUAAGCUUUUCAAAAAGAUGUGCAUCAGCACAAUCUUUGCCACCGAUUUUAUUAUCUGAUGAACAGAAAUAUAAAAUUUUAGUAUUGUGUACAGAUUUUUUACAUAGAAGUUAUAAUGUACCAGUUCUAAAAAAUAUUAUAGUAACGUUUCAUUUAAUUGACUAUUUGGCUGCAUUAAUACAAUUAGCAUUUGCUCCUUUAAAAAAACCUGGUGCCUAUCCUAACUUUACUAUGACUCAAGAAAUGUAUGAUACAUUAAAUACUGAUAGACAGAAAUAUAUUCAAGUAUAUGAAUAUUUAGUCAGUAACUGCUUCCAACCGACACUUAUGAAAGAAUUACUAGUGCUUCAAAAUGUAGCAGAUCAAAAAUCUCCUUUGUUUGUUAAAAGAGUUAUAGCCAAGGAGAUGAGUAGACGCCUUACGGUAUCAGGUGGCUUAUUGAGUCUGAUUAGAUGUUUUAUUGAUAGUCAAGAUAUGGAUACAGGACUUGAAUGGAAAAAAGUUGAAAUGAUUUGCAAAAUAGUCUCAACUAAACAUGGAAACCAGAAUGAGAGUGAUUAUCUAACAAACAUUACCGCCCAACUGAAACAAAUAUUUACUAUAAAUAAUACAAAAUAUCUUGUGACUGCUGUUUCAUGUCUCAUGACUUUAUAUGAAAGAUAUAAUAAUGCUGAGCAAGUUAAAAAUUUAGUUAAUGAUGUUUUUAAAAGUCUUAACUAUGACAUUUUGUUGGCAAAGUCACAUUUACCUGGCACCAUUAUUCUAACAUCUCAAGAAGUAGAACAUAGUAUACAAAUCCUCUAUGUCUGCACAUGUAUUAGUCAGGUCCACAUACCACCUGAAUUUGUAACAUCUAAUUUGUACUUACUUUUUCUUCUGAGAAUCAAAUGUACAAACAGUGAAAUGAAAGUAAAAAUAAGCAAUAUAAUUUCGAAAGCUUUAGAAUUAGUUGAUAAAACUAAAAUGUGUGAUCUAAUAACAGAGCUAUUGUUUGGGCAAACUAAAUCGAAAGAAGCUGAUGUUCUAAUUGAAGAAUAUGAAGCAGGCUUGACAGUCAAGUAUGUUAAUUUUCAUGUGGACUAUCCAGUAGAUGAAUCAUUGGUUCAUUUUGUGGAGUUCUUCAAUGCAACUGAAAACAGUUCACUUAUAAGCAAUUUAUUUGAAGCAUGUCUUCAAAUAUUUGCAGAUAUAAAUAAUAUGAGACUUGUGAAUAAGACAGAGACUCUAUUGAGUUUGGAUGAUGAGCCCGUGUUACUAAGUUCAAACGAUGAAAAGUAUGCUCGUAUGUUGACUAUUUUGUCAGAGAUAUCAACAUCACAAAAAGUUAUAAAGAUUUUGCAAGAAAAUCCUUUAAUCGUGAUUAAUUUUGUUGAGGCCAUUUUAGUUAAAAGUAUCAAUAUUACCAAUGAUGAAUGCAAAACUAUUGCUUUAGUUUUAUUAAAUACGAUAUUAUCUAAUACUAGUAAAAUACGUGACUUGAAAGAAAAACUAUAUACUUUCCUACCGAAAUUAGAAAAGAUGGCUAGUAAUGAUUCUGAAUACAUUAAAAUUUUAUGUAAAGAAUCAAUGUCGUUAAUAUUGUCGGAGUAUCCCAAAGCUAAAGAUAGUCCGUUUGAGGAGGCACUAUCAAACAUUUCUGACAAUCUGCUCCCAGUAAGAGCACAUGGAAUCAUGGAGCUUGGUAAACUUAUAGAUAAAUCAGAUCCUGAAACUAUAUCUAAAAGACACUACGUAUUUUGCCUGCUGCAGGAACAACUCAAGGAUCCAGAUUCAUAUAUUUACUUAUCAGCCAUAAAUUGUAUAGCAUCACUUGCUGAACAUUGUACUUGUGAUGUUCUUGGUGUUUUAUGUAAGGAAUAUUUGGAUAUAUCAACUGAACUUAAUAAUAUAGAAAGUAAAGAAAACCGAAAUAGGGCUGCUGAAUUGAGGAUGAAAAUUGGCGACGUGAUUGUUAAAGUUACUAAAAGACUAGGUGAAAUGGCGGUACUGCAUAAAAAUGUUUUGCUAAACACAGUAUUAUGCGCUUGUAGAGAUGAUGAUCCAUUGAUUAGAACCUCUGCUUUAUCUAACUUAGCAGAAAUCGCAUUAGUACUGAAUUAUAAAAUGGGAUCCAUUAUAUAUGAGGUUCUUCUUUGUAUUUGGACAAUAAUCGAAACCGAUAAAGCAAUAGAAUGCCGCAGAGCAGCUGUCAUGGUUAUUUCAAGUUUAAUCAAAGGACUGGGAAAAGAAACAUUGCUAGAACUAAAAGAAAAUCUACUACCAAUUUACAGAACUUUGAAUAAACUAUAUAAAGAUUCAAAUGAAGAUAAUGUUGUACGACUUCAUGCUCAGUUAGCUUUAGAAGAACUUAAUGAUAUUGUAAAGCAAUUCUUAUUUAGUGAGCUACCGAUUGAGAAAGAAUUUUCAAUGUUAAGAGAACCAAGUUAUAUAAUCUUUCAAUAAAAAUCAAUUUCAGUC